AUUUUCAAGUUUAAAUGGGUAAAAAUAAAAUUAAUAGUUUAUAAGGUUGUUGUUAUAUUAUAUUAAAAUGGCCGAUGUGAAUACAGAAAAUGUAUUUCCAUAUGAAAAAACUUUAUUGAAUACUAUUGUGAAAAAUGCUAAAGAGACUAAGCAUCCAGAAAUAAGUGACUUCAAUGUUAUUAAACCAAUCAGUAGAGGAGCUUAUGGAAAAGUUUAUUUAGGUCACAAGAAGAACAAUUUGGAGCAAAUGUAUGCUAUAAAAGUUAUGAAAAAAACUGAUAUGAUAAAUAAAAAUAUGAUAACACAAGUUGUUAAUGAAAGAAAUGCUUUAGCAUUAGCGAAUAGUCCAUUUUGUGUUAAACUGUUCUAUUCAUUACAGACAUCAAGCUGUAUUUAUUUGGUUAUGGAGUAUAUGGUUGGUGGUGAUGUUAAAUCACUGUUAAGUGUCAUGGGUUAUUUUCCAGAAGAUGUAGCAACAUUUUAUAUUGCUGAAGUUGCAUUAGCCUUGCAGUAUCUUCACAGUCAUGGUAUUGUACAUAGAGACUUAAAACCUGAUAAUAUGUUAAUAUCUGGUCAUGGCCACAUUAAAUUAACUGAUUUUGGUCUUAGUCGCAUUACAAUUCAUCGAGAUUUGGAAAUAACAGAUUUUAUAAAUAAUUCUCCGAAUGUUCCUACUAGAACUCCGGGUCAAUUACUAUCUUUAACGUCACAUUUUUCAUUUGGUUCAAAUGAGAAAACUUUUGCCAGCAGUGUUAGUAUGGGACUUAAUAUGGAUUUGGAUGAAGAUGAUUAUAAUAGUAGUCAUGUGUCAGGAAUUGUACCAUUUCAAUCAGCUAACAAUACAAUAGAAGGAACUACAUUUUAUACCUGUCAAAAUUGUAGUCUUUCUACAGAUUGUGGAUGUUGUAUAAAUGAUAAGGAUAAAAUUCACGAUACACCACGUUCUACAAAAAAUUUUAGUAAAAGAUUCAAAUCAUCUGGUUCUGAUUCCUCAAGAAAAUACAGACGAAGAAUAUUACCACUCAGAGAUUUAGAAGGUAAUACAUUAAACAGUUGUGGUCUUACUCAACAAAUUAAACAAGUGGAUUUGUCAAGUAUUGGAUCUAAUACAUCAAGCUCAGCCAUUAAAAGUGUUAUGAAAUUGAAAGCUGAAGAAAGAUUAAGUAGUGGCCGUGUUGUGAUAUCUACUCCAGUACAAUGUUCUCGUAAACGUUCUUAUGGAGACACGCCAAAAACAAUGAAAAAUACUAGAUUUUGUUUGCCUACUCCUACAAAAUCGCCUUCUUUUUUAAAAGGCUCUCAUAUGGAAGAAUUAAUUAUGAGCCCAAUUGCAACCCCAUAUUUACCAAAGUUAACUCCAUAUCGAACUCCAAAAUCAUUAAGGAAAGGAAAAAGAGCGAGUGAUGGUAGAAUAUUAGGAACACCAUAUUAUUUAGCUCCAGAGUUAAUUCAAGGGGUAGAACAUGGUUCUGGUGUUGAUUGGUGGGCAUUGGGUGUUUGUCUUUAUGAAUUUAUGACAGGAGUUGUUCCAUUUGAAGGUGAAACAGUACAAGAAAUAUUUGAAGAUAUUCUCAGGCGUGAAUUAGAAUGGCCAUCUGGAGAUCAAACUUUAUCUAGAGAAGCAAUGGAAGCAAUCGAUAAUUUGAUGGCAAUAGAUCAAAAUAAAAGAUAUUCAGGUUCAGAGUUAAGAUCUUCUACAGAAUUAUUUUCAAAUAUUGAUUGGGAUAAUCUUUUAAAUGAAGUGCCUCCAUUUGUCCCUACACCUGUUAGCAUAGAUGAUACAUCGUAUUUUUUAGCACGAAAUGAACAACAAAAUAUCCAAUUAUCAAAUAUAGAUUUAGGAUAAAUCAACAAUACUUUUCAAUAACCUUUAAUUUUAUUUAUACUUUUUA